AUGUCCAAGAGGAAGUCUGAUCAGUUGGAAGACGACGACUCCUGCUCCACUUCUCAGCGUCCUCGCCAGGUCAGAAAAAUGGGAUCUGCUCCCGUGACCACCAAUAUUGAGCUGAGCUCACAGGAAGCUCGGCUCAAGAAGCUGCUUCUAGAUGUCGCCGAAUACAUUGACAGAUCACAGCCGUCUUCUGCAGAACCCAUCGUACUGCGUUGGGCCGGCGGCUGGGUUCGCGACAAGCUCCUUGGCAUCGGGUCUCACGAUAUUGACACGGCCAUCAACACCAUGACUGGCGAGGCAUUCAGCUCCAAAAUCGUCGAGCUUUGCAAGCAGCCAGAGACUGUAGAGAAGCAUGCCCUGAGUGACACCGACAUUGGCAAUUUGCACAAAAUUGCAGCCAACCCGGAUAAGUCGAAGCAUCUAGAGACCACAACAAUCAAACUUUUGGGUUUUGAUGUCGACUUUGUCAAUCUUCGCAAGGAGACAUACACACAAGACAGUCGCAACCCCCAAGUCGAGUUUGGUACAGCUGAAGAAGACGCGUUGCGCCGAGAUGCAACCAUCAAUGCGCUCUUUUACAACCUCAACACGGGCCGCGUUGAAGACUUCACCGGCGGACUGGCCGAUAUGGAUGCCAAGCUCAUCAGAACUCCACUUGAGCCUCUCCAGACUUUCACAGAUGAUCCUUUACGGGUUCUGCGGCUCAUUCGAUUUGCCAGUCGGUUGGACUUUGUUAUCGACCCCGAAGUCGAGGCAGUGAUGCGCGAUGAGCGUGUGUUGAGUGCAUUGCGUAAUCGUCAAAAAAUAAGUCGCGAGAGAGUCGGAGUGGAAGUCGAAAAGAUGUUCCAGGGCAACCAUCCCCGAAAUGCUCUGAAGAAGAUACACAGCCUCGGACUGUAUCACACUGUUUUUACAGACCCGAACAAGCCCGACAUGCCUCAGCCAAAUGUACGGAACUUGGCAGUAGCGUACGAUUGCCUAGAGUCUCUGCGCCAAAGGAAGACACCAGGAUCUAUCUACGAUGUGUUGGUACGUUCAGAUGAGUCGAGCUAUUUUAGUUGGGUUCUGGCGGCUCUGACGCCCUGGAUGUCCAUCGCACAACCGGCCCAUAUUGGCCCGACAAAGCCUCCUCCGCCCUUUGCCACUCUUGCUGCUCGUGAGGGAAUCAAGGCCCCGAAUAAGAUGUGCGAUGCGAUUACAGGUUCUUACAACCACCGAGAGGAGAUCAUGUCAUUAAAGGUCGCCGUCUCCGAGAAUGCAGAGCACGUGCAUGAGCGCGAUCGAUUUGGCCUGGCCAUUCGGCGGUGGGAGGCCCGGGGAGGACAAUGGAAGCUGCAAGUCUUGUCGGCAUUGCUGCACGACGCACUGCAGACGCUGCAACCUGGUGACACAGCUUCUCGCGACACGGCAUUCGUUGCCGGAUGGCAGAAAUUCCUGGACCAUCUUCACGAGCUCGAUGUCAUGGAGGCGCCGUCACUCAAGCGAAUCAUUGAUGGGAAGCAGCUUUCCAAGGCGCUUGGUGCCAGGCCCGGCAUCUGGAUGACGGCGGCGCUGGAUGUAUGCGUGGCGUGGCAAUUACGAAACCCAGAUAUUACUGAUCCGACUGGGGCGAUCGAAGAGGUGCGCAGUAAGAAAGAGGAACUGGGUAUUCCCAUCUGA